AUGACCACAACCACAUUGUCCCCCUCUAUAAAGGCCUCCCUGUCCGCCAAGUACGUCACGCUAGCUGCCGGCUGCUUCUGGGGCGUCGAAAGAGUGUUCAGAAAGCAUUUUGGCCACAAGGGCUUGCUUGACGUGCGUGUGGGCUACGCCAACGGCGUGCCCACUGCUGGAAACGUCAACUAUGAGUCGGUUUGUACCGGCAAAACCAACUUUGUUGAAAGUGUCCAAAUAGCAUAUGAUCCAAGCUUGACUAACCUCAAAGAGCUCUUGGACAUCUUCUUCAGAAUGCAUGAUCCUACCACCGUCAACGCGCAGGGCCCAGACGUGGGGGUGCAGUACCGUUCUGCGGUGUUGACCCACGACGAAGAGGACCAAAAGCUCGCGUGGGAAGUGAAGGACGACAGCAAGAAGGUGUGGUACCCCAACCACGAGGUGGUGACCAUCAUCGAGCCCAUCAAAAUCUGGUACGACGCGGAGGACUACCACCAGCAGUACUUGCAGAAGAACCCCGGAGGCUACGAGUGCCCAUCGCAUUUCAUCAGAACAAAGCCAAAAGUAUAA